AUGGGAAAGCAAUACUAUGCCGCACUUUUCAUUCAGGCCUCUGUUCCACUAAUGGAUAUUUUCAUUUCUUUCAGCACCUUAGACUGGUUAGGACGCACUAAUUUGUCCCACUUCUUAAUGAUUCUUUGGUAUAGGGAAAUUUUCGAUAUGGUCAUAAAUUUCUUAUUGUCAAUAGUCAUGAUCAUAUACAGAUUCUAUCAAAAGGAUAUAGUUGCAAAUAUUAUUGUCAGAGGCAUAUAUGGCGCUAUUUUUAUUAAUGUAGUCUUAUUACUACCAUUUGUUAUAUCUCCUAAUUCAUAUUUCCAUAGGUAUAAACAAGAGUUUUACACGAAUCAUUCCCAGCCAUUUUACAGAUCAUUAGUCCAACAAUUCAAGUGCUGCGGAUUCCUUGAACCAAGAGAGAUUAAAGACCAAAACUGCAGAUCCUACAAUCGAGCAUGCGUUCCUGCUAUCUCCAAAGCUAUCUUUCCAUGCAUAAGAUCAAAAAUAAUUUUAUUGAUCAUUAUCAGUGGUCUUCAGUUAGUGGCAUGCUUCCUUAUAAUGUCAGUUCAGAACAGUGGUGAGGGAAUUGAAGCAUCAGAAGAAGAAGAAAACGAGAAAACUCCAUUGAUCAGUGCCAAAGACCAAAAGCAGCAGCAACAAUAA